AUGGAAGGCCACGCUGCUGACGUUCAUCCACCGAAAAGAGUCAAACUCGACACAGCUCAGGCAGAUGGCGCUGGCGAUGACGUUCCAAUGGCAUUGUCUCCUCGUCCGGUUGGCGUAGUUGACGACGGCGCAAAAGAACGCGAGGUAGGUAUCACCGCUUUUGUCGACGGGUCCAGAAGCCUCUUCCAAGGGAUUCUCAAGAAGAGAUAUACAGAUUUCCUGGUCAACGAGAUUCUCCCUGGCGGAACCGUCCUGCACCUCCGAUCAAUGGAUGCCAAGGGUCUGCAGCCGCACGCUCCGCAUAAUAAUGGCUCAGAACGUACGGCGCAAGGCACUUCAGAACAUAUAAGGCAUGAGGCAGCGCCAUCAGAUCCAUCUCCGGCGGAAUAUGAGACUCCACGAGAGGCAGAAACAACUGCAAAUACAAAAGCCUCGGAUGCUACUGGGGAGGACAGCUCCGGCCUCCAGAAUUCUGAGGUUCCCGACGAGGACCGCGCCAAACUCGUAGAGUAUUUCAGCGAAGAGACGGCGACACAGAUAAUCUCCCUCUAUGAAUCAAUCCUACGCAAUCCUGGAAGGAAAUCUCGAGAGUUCUCAACAGUUCGGACACCAUUCACGUCGGACCGCAGUCUUCGGUCACAGAUCCAUCAGGAUAUCCGCCGUAUCUUCCACAGUAAGAUCGAUUCCAAGACGGACAAUGAGGGCGUGCUGGUCCUCACCGCAACGGCCCCAUCCUCGAACAACGGUCGUAACCGCGCCUGGGCAAAACCUAACGAAAAGUCUUCGCGACCAGGAAAGCUAGGUUGGCUGGACCGCGGCGGGGAAUAUGUACAUUUUACUCUUUACAAGGAGAAUAAGGAUACUCUUGAAGUAAUUUCUUAUCUGACAAAGCAACUUAGAACGAACAACAAGGCGUUUCAGUUUGCAGGGACGAAGGACCGGCGUGCUGUAACCGUGCAGAGAGUCAGCGCUUACCGUGUCGAAGCAGAGCGCUUGGCGUCGUUGAAUCGUUCUCUGCGAUAUGCAGCAGUGGGAGAUUUCGAGUACCAGAAACACGGAUUAGAACUUGGUGAUUUGACCGGAAACGAAUUCGUGGUCACGUUGAGAGACUGCCACCUGGUUGAGUUGGUCCCUGGCCUGAACACCACCGAAGAGAAGGCCGCCAUCCAGUCGUACCUGUCACAAGCGCUCCGUCAGCUUCACGAGCACGGCUUUUUGAAUUACUACGGCCUGCAACGCUUCGGGACAUUCGCCACGCGCACCGAUGUUGUUGGCCUGAAGAUCCUGAAGGAGGACUUCAAGGGUGCGUGCGAUGCUAUCCUUGAAUUUUCGCCCGUCGCGUUGAACAGCUCAGAAUCCCAAGACUCGGGUGUCCUUGUCGGCCAAGACGACCGUUCUCGUGCUGAAGGAAUCAAUAUCUGGCGAACAACCGGCCGGAUCAACGAUGCUCUCGACAAGGUCCCGCGCAAGUUCUCGGCCGAGACCAACUUGAUACGACACCUGGGCAAGCACCCGCAGGACUAUCUGGGGGCUCUUCUUGGAAUUCAGCGCAACCUGAGACUCCUGUAUGUCCAUGCAUAUCAGUCCUUCGUCUGGAAUCUUGCGGCCGGCGAGCGAUGGCGCUUGUUCGGUGGCAAGGUCGUGGAAGGUGAUCUCGUACUGGUCCACGAGCACAAGGAAAAGCACACCGACAACGAACCAUCGAACCAGACGGUGGAUGCAGAUGGGGAGCCUGUCAUUGCGCCGUCAGGCGACGACCGCGCCUACGACGUGGACGACAUGUUCGAGCGUGCCCGCGCCCUCACCGCCGCCGAGGCCGAGAGCGGCCAAUACUCCAUCUUCGACAUCGUCCUCCCCCUCCCAGGUUUCGACGUCGUCUACCCAGCCAACGCCAGCGGGGAAUGGUACAAAACAUUCAUGGCCAGUGACGCUGGCGGUGGACUCGACCCGUACCGUAUGCGCCGAAAGCAGAAGGACUUCAGUCUGAGCGGGGGUUAUCGCAAGGUUGUGGCGCGCAUCGGCGAGACAUUUGAGGUCAGCGUCCACGAGUACGGUGACGGGGAAGGGGACAGGCAAUUCGUCGAGACCGACAUGGAGCGGAUCCUGCGGGAAAAGGCCGACGUUGUCGGUGUAGAGCAGCAGCAGCAGCGGCCCCAAUCGCUACUAGAUGGAGCGGGCGCGAUCACGACAACAGCACAGGCGAGCGGGAGCGGAAACGAUGCCGAAACAGCCCACGUGCCGCCGCAGCAUGCCACAAAGUUCGCGGCGGUGCUCAAGUUCCAGCUGGGCUCGAGCCAAUACGCGACCAUGGCCUUGAGGGAGCUGUCCAAGGGGGGUAUUCAAGCCCACAAGGCCGAGUUCACGGGCGGAAGGUGA